AUGUCGGCCAUGGGUCCAAUGGGUGGACAGGCGGGCCUGGUCCGGCAGAAGCCGGUCAGCAAUCGACGGAUGCCGACAAGAGGCUUCAAGAUGGGCAGCUAUGUCCGUAUCACCUACAGGUGUGCGGGAAAGCACGGCGCCGAGGAGGAUAACGCCAACUAUGAAGGGAAGCUGAUUGAUAAACGCAUCGGCGGAGAAGACCGGGAAUCCUUCAUCACUCUGAAGGACUGUUUGGUCUUUGAUCUUUCCGGUCGCUUCAUUGAGAAGCUGAAGUCCAAGAAACUCAUCGACGCCUACGUCCAAACCUGCGAACUCGUGGAGAAACGUUCCAAGACGCCUGAGCGCUUGGGCGCGCCCGCAGCUGUGGUGGGGCCCAUGCCGCCCCCUGGGUUGCAGAAACCCCAGACACCCACGGCAGAGCCCAAGGUGGCUCCAAAGGCCAAAGCUGCGCCAGACGACGAUUCGGAUGAGGAUGACUCGGAGGAGGAGAGUGGCAUGAAGGGCAUGAUGCAAGGAAUGAUGCGAGGGAUGCCAGGAUGUAUGGGCAUGAUGAUGCCCAUGAUGAUGUCAGGCAUGAUGCCUGGAACCUUUGGCUGCAUCGCUGUGGGUGCCAGGGCUGUGGCCAAGGAUGCCAGGGCUGUUGUGGCUCAGGAUGUCCUGGAUGUGGCUCCGGAUGUUGCCCGGGCCCAGGCUGCCAGGGCAUGGGCUGUGGCCAAAUGGGAGCCAUGGGCGGCAUGGGUUGCCAGGGCGGCUGUGGCGGCUGUGGCAGCUGUGGCAGCUGUGGCGGCUGUGGCUGUGGCGGCUGUGGUGGCUGUGGCGGCUGCGGCGGCUGUGGCGGCUGUGGCAGCUGUGGCAGCUGUGGCAGCUGUGAUGGGUUGCCCCAACCAGAUGGGCUGUCCCAACCAGAUGGGCUGUGGCCAGAUGGGUGGCCCAAUGUGUGGCAGUGGGUGUCCUGGACUGGGCCAAAUGGGAAACUCUAUGAGCAACGCCAUGGGGCCAAUGAGUGGUCCCAAACCCAUCGGUGGCAUAGGCAGCCCUAUUGGUGGACCCGUGCCCCCUGGUGGGCUAAUGGGCUGUCCACCCCCAGGGUCAGGUCCCACGUCAUCCACACCAGAUGCCGGUGCAGCUGACGCCAAGGAAGAUGCAAAAGGCACGACGUUGCGGGACUGA